CUAUCUCUCUCUCUCUCUAUAGAUAUAUAUAUAUCUCUCUCUCUCUGUCUCUCACUAGAAGACCUAUGCCACCUUCUUCCUCGCUCCUUCCUAGCCGCCUGGACUGGCAAAUCCCAACAAGCUUUCACUAGCCCUUGAUUCAUUAGAAUUGUUCCCAAGUUCCUGAGGACUGAUUGCUUGCAUCAGAUCAAAAAAGGUUGGUUGUUUCUCUCCUUCUUGCCUUGUUUGGAAUCCAACUAUGUGUUCUUCAAAACGCAUUGAGAUAAACAAUUUGUGAUUUUGAUGGCAGUGCUAGCUUCUUUUUGGUGUUAAAUUGGCUUUUUGAUUUCCUUGUUUGGAGCUUUUUGUUUCCUGUGAGGAUUAAGGUUUUGUGGAGCUUUAAUGAAGGUGGGUUUUUAGGUGCUCCAUGAUCCAUUAAUUUGUUCUUCAGUAGAAACGAGAAAGAAAGCUGGGAUUUAUUAUUUUGGCGCUUGGAUUGGCUUCGCUUGGCUUGGCAUGUCAACUUUGUUUGUGGGGUUUUUUUUUCCCCUAUAGAGAGCUUUGCAGCCGCUGGUUUUGUUAUUGAUCGAGCAAGUGUUUAUUAUAUAUAAAGGAGGUUGCUUUGUGAUGGCUUUUAACAAGAGAUCUCGAUUGAAGGAUGCUGGGCUGCGGCGACUGCUUCCCUUGCUCCUCUCGGUCCUGCUGGUGGCUCUUAUCCUGAUUGCCCUGUCUGGCAAGCGCAUGCUUUCCUUUCGAGUAGAAGGAGAAGAGGCGCCACUUGUCUUGGAACAAGAAGAGGUGUUGCUUGAUUCAAAGUUCAAGCCCGAGUUCCCUAACCAGACAGUCUUGUCCAUCUCAUUGGAAGAACGAAAUAAACUGCCUCCAAGGAACUUAAACCUGUUCCCUAAUUUAGCAAAGGAUCAUAUCAAGAUUGUCUUGUAUGUGCACAACCGCCCACAGUAUCUCAAAGUUGUGGUUCAGAGUUUGUCCGCUGUGGAAGGGAUUGGAGAAACAUUGCUGGUUGUUAGUCAUGAUGGAUAUUACAGGGAGAUGGAUGAGAUUGUUCAAGGUAUCAAGUUCUGUCAGGUGAAGCAAAUCUUUGCACCAUAUUCGCCGCAUCUUUUUCCAGACAGCUUCCCUGGUGUUGCGCCUGGAGAUUGCCAUGAUAAAGAGAAUGCAGCUGAGAAAAAGUGUAAUGGUAAUCCUGAUCAGUAUGGAAAUCACCGGUCUCCAAAGAUUGUUUCUUUGAAGCAUCAUUGGUGGUGGAUGAUGAAUACUGUAUGGGAUGGUCUGCCAGAGACCAAAGGUUACACUGGUCACAUUCUUUUCAUUGAGGAGGACCAUUAUGUUCUUCCAAAUGCCUAUCGGAAUAUUCAACUCCUAACCAGGAUGAAGCCUUGGAAAUGUCCUGAUUGUUAUGCUGCAAACUUGGCGCCAUCUGAUGUGAACUCAAAGGGAGAAGGAUGGGAGACCUUGAUUGCUGAGAAAAUGGGCAAUGUUGGUUAUGCCUGGAAUAGGACUGUGUGGAGGAAGAUCCAUGCACAAGCCAAGAACUUUUGCACAUUUGAUGAUUAUAAUUGGGACAUAACCAUGUGGGCAACUAUUUUCCCCUCCUGGGGAACCACAGUUUAUAGUCUAAGGGGACCGAGGAGAAGUGCUGCCCAUUUUGGCAAGUGCGGACUGCAUCAGGGCCAAGACUCACGGAAUGCUUGCAUCGAUAAUGGUGUGGUGAGUGUUGAUGUGGAUGAUGCCGAUAAAAUUCCAAACAUCAAUUCAAAUUGGCCCCUUCAUGUGGUCAAGAAGCAAGGUGGCUAUCAAGCAGGAUUUAAAGGUUGGGGUGGGUGGGGCGAUGAGCGGGAUCAAAAGCUUUGCUUGAGUUUUGCGCACAUGUAUCAUUUUGUAGAGGCACCAUCUAUUUGAGAGAGAGAUAGAGGGAACGGAACAUCUUUCUUGGUACUUCUAUUCCAUGAGAACAUUCUGCUGUGUGUGUUAGUUGUUUCCAUUAUUAAUGUGAUCAUGAAGAGAUAUAUAUCCUUAUAGAUAAUGGGUAAUUAACUAACAUGGGGUGAUGAGUAAAAUCAAAAUGGUUUGUAUUUUAACUGAUGUAGAGGAUAUCAAUAGUCAGUUGCAUCUGUUAUUAACAUUUUUGGCA